AUGGGAGGUUGCCUUAAAUGUUUUGGCAGUGAUAGCAAAGAAGAUCCCAAAAAAGAGCCCAUCAUUGACAAAGAAGAUUCUAAAACUAACACCACAAGUGACUCAAUCACCCAGAGAAAAUCAUCUGCAGCAGCUCCAGUGCAAAUUACCCUUGAAGAUUUCCAGAUUGAAAAAGUCCUCGGAAAAGGUGCAUUUGGAAAGGUGUUUUUAGUCACAAAAAAGGAUAAUGGGCAAGUUUAUGCAAUGAAGGCACUAAGAAAAGAAAUGAUUGAAAAGAGAAAUCAAGUAGUUCAUACAAAAACUGAGAGAGAAAUUUUAGGCUCUAUAGAUUGUCCUUUUAUCGUUCAGCUUCGGUUUGCGUUUCAGACGCCAGAUAAGCUAUACUUUUUGAAGUUAUUUUUAAUUAAAUUAAUAGGUAGACGAUAGUGGCUAAUCAUUAUCUAAGAUAGCAUAUAUAUGAUUAUGGACUUUAUUAAUGGUGGGGAAUUAUUUUUCCAUUUAAGAAGGUCUACAAGUUUCACUGAAGAAAGAGCCAAGUUUUAUGCUGCUGAAAUUUUGCUUGCUUUAGAUUAUUUGCACACCCAAGGAAUUAUAUAUAGAGACUUAAAGCCUGAAAACAUCCUUUUAGACGCUGAAGGACAUGUAAAAUUAACUGAUUUCGGGCUCAGCAAACAAUUUUUUGGAGCAGAAAAUCAAAAAGCUUUCUCAUUUUGUGGGACACCAGAAUAUCUUGCCCCAGAAAUAUUAUUAUCAUUCUUAAUAAUUAACCACAUAUUAUUUUCCAAAAAAAAUCAAAAUAAAAUCUACUGUAAAUUAAUAUAAAAGGAACUGGUCACGACAAAGCAGUCGAUUUCUGGAGCUUAGGAGCUUUAAUUUAUGAAAUGCUUGCAGGAGCUCCUCCUUUCUACUCAAGAAACAGAGAACAAAUGUUUAGAAAUAUGCUCUCCAAGCCUGUCGAAAUGAAGCCUCAUUUUUCACCAGCAGCUUGUGACAUAUUAAAAUCGCUUUUGCAAGUCGAUGUAAUUUUUAUUUAGCCAAGAAGAAGACUUUCAAACGCUAAUGAAGUCAAAACUCACCAAUUUUUUGAAGGUAUUGAUUGGGGGAAAUUGUGGAAAAAAACUAUUGAAGCACCAUUUAUACCAAAAGUGAAAGGACCUAGAGAUUUGCAGAACUUCGAUAAAAUGUUUACUGAAGAAAAGGCUGAAGAGUCGUUAAUUGUUACUCAUUUGAAUGCUGAACAAAAAGCUGCGAACAGAUAUGAUGGGUUUACUUAUAAGGAUCCAUCUCAUUUAUAA